GCCGAAGGAGAAUGUCUCAGGAUUUCUGCUUGUCUUCUACAACCUUGACCUCAACCAUUCCUUGGCCCCGUCAUGUCUCUCCAGCCAUUCAUAACUUUGUAUCGGUAUGCUCUUGAACCCAUAGCACCUUUCAGCUGGUUUGGUAUCAACGUCUGCUCCAUCGAAUUGGUGGCCGCCUUGCGGCUUUGCACCAUCCUGAGACAGACCAAGGAAGAUCUUUAUGCCAAGCAUCAGCGCCGCUCUGGCGACAAGCCUGCACUUGUGGAGGAGAGAUCCUUCCUAAGAGACGCAUGUACCUCGCUCACGAUCAAAUUUGGAGGAGAGGCCGUCAUAAGCUCUCUGCUCGCUGUUCCCCCAUCUUUCGUUCUCUCAGGUGUUUCUCCCGGUGUGUACAUCGCCGCACAGGCGAUCGUAGAAUAUAUCCCUGUUAUACCGUCCAUGUCACUCAGCACUGAGCUUCCGUUGUCUAUCGUCGACGGGUUCACGCGCGCGUUGCUUCUAUGCAGCCUCACACCCAAACCUGUUAUCACCCACGCUUCCCCUGUUAUCGCAUCUUCUCCCUGGACUCUUUUGCUAUCCUCUCUCGUCAUCGCUAAUGGAGGCUUCUUCAUAACCAGCAUGUUCUCUUUCCUCGAGCCUACCCCGCUCACACUUACGACUCCCGCUGCGAUCAAGCCCUACGGCUGGACAGCCACGGACCUGUGGUGUGCGCCGUUCAUCACGGGGCUCUAUGCCCUCCUCACGCAUGCUCAGCCAUUCUGGGCCGAGCUCCACAGCGUUAUCUCGACCGUCCUCGGAAACACUGGCGAUAAAGUCGGCCCUAUGGACCCAGAGGCCGCCCGUGCGCUGUGCGCGCUAAUUCUUGCGGGAAUGUUCUCUACCCGGACUGCGAAGAACUAUGGGCUUGUUUGGAAGAGGAGUGUCGCUGAGAAGAUCAAGAUACAGUGAAUACCCGAAGUUAUAUAGGUUUAUAAACGCUGAAGAUGUAAAUGUGCGCGAAAUUUAUGAAUGAAAUAUCUCCAUACCAUUAUCACUGCAACUGGAUGGAGCUAUACUUGUGACCUCCUGCAAGUGAGCCUGAAUAUAUUCGAUGACUACGCCGGAC